AUGUCAACACAAGAGCCCUCUACAUCAUAUAGACCACAAACAGGAUGUGUAGAUCUGGAGACAUCAAUCGAUACUUAUUGCACCUAUUUGAGCAAGUUUCAGUUUGAUAAAGCUCGAGAUUUUUGCGAAGAACAACGUCUAACACAAGCAGCACAUGUUAGCAGCAAACAAUGGCAAUGUUUAGUUGCUAAUCUUUCUCAGGUGAGUAUUUGUUACCUAUUAAUUAUAGUUUUUGCAAUUUUAGAUCUAAUUAUAUUGUUUUAUCUAUAUUAUUUCAGCUGGCUCUGAACGAGUCCCAUUACUUCUCUCUGGUCUUCUUUUCGUCCAAGUUCUCUUUUCGGAAAGAUAACCAAGUUCGGGAAGCAUAUGUUAAUGUAAAGUAAGUUUAUUUUUGUUAUUUAAUUUUGUGUUUAGGAAUGAAUUGGAAUAUUGUUAUGAAGAAUGUGAUAAAUCGACGGAAACUAAUGAAAAUAACGAUGAAUUCAAGGAAUUUUUGAGGCAAUUGAUAUGUCUAUGUACGAUAAGAUCAAAGCUGGUUGAAUUUUACGUGUUUUUAGUCAGUAAGUUAGGUUUUUGAGAGGUUUUUUGGCUGUAAGGAGAUCAAACGUCAUGGGUAAUAUACUUUUGUUCGAUUUGGGGCAAAAUUUUUGGUUUAUCUUUAUAAAUAUGGCCUUAAAAGUUGAUUCAGAUUCUUUAUAGGGUUAGCAAUUUAAAAAUAAAAGUGUUUUAGUAGAUUACUUUAAAAAUUAUAUUGUUUUAGCUGAUAACUGGCAUCAAACGAUAGAAGAAUCUGAAAAGCACCUGAAUAUGAUUAAAAACUCUAUGGAGAAGGUUCUCGGAGACGACAUAAAGCUGCCACAACUCAAGUCAAUUGAAAUAGAGCUCAAAAUUUUGACGGGGUGUUUCAAAAUUCAAUCAGACUUGUUGAACAUCAACUUUAUCGACAGUUUGAUCCAGCUGAAACAACUUGCACAAGACUUGAAUACUUGGUUUUCACAUGUGCCAUUUAAGACGUCUACGUCGAAGCCUAACUUUUUGUUUUUUAACUUUGCCAAGUCUUCAAAGAAUACGCCGAAGCUACUGUUACUUCAUUGGUUUUCCAAGUUUUACAAUACUUUAUUGGCCAAACUGUGCUUAUAUGGUCAUGAACUGUUUGUCUCUCAUUUGAAUUCGAAUGAUGUUAAAAGCUUGUUGAAUGCUCAGCCAAGUUUCAUACAGAGCAUAGUAUCGUACUCGAGGAGGGUCAACUCUGCCAUGAUAUGUUUGUUAUUGGAUAGGAUGGACAACAAAGAGCCGUUUUAUGGUAAAUACAGCUUUUUAAUAGACAGUUGGUUAUAAAAUCAUAAUAUAUGUUUGAAAUCCAUUAUAUUAUCAAUGCUACUUCAUUAUUUAUAAAAAUCAAUUUCAGGGUUUGGCUAUCAAAACGCGUUAACAAAGUACGGCAAGGAUAACAUAGGGCCCCUGACUGGUCGGCAUGGAAUGUAUCCAGCAUUGUGCAGAUUUCCGAAUGAUCAGAAGCUUUUUGACACGUUACAUCCUAGUAUAAUAUCGCUGAUUCAAGACACGGCCGAAAAUUCAGAUGAAAGAAUACGAUUCUACUAUGAUCUACGGGCUAAUACGGUAGGUUUGUAGUUUAAAAGUAGUUUUUUUCGGGUUAUAUUAAGUUGUGAAAAUGAUAAAGAUGUGUUGUAAAAGGUUAAAAUGUGGGAGCAAGAAGUGAAAGUAAGGUCUUAAACAAGGUAAUUAUGAAAAAAUGCGAAAAAUAUUAGUUUGAAGUAAUGAAAAUAGGCUUAAGUGUAUGACUUUGGUGAGAUCUAGGCUUAUAAAUGUUGUUAAAAAGACUGAAUAUUGGUUAAUUUAUAAAUAAGCCUAAUGGGUCUAAGAACGAUAAGCUUAAAAGUCAAAGAAAAUAAUCCAAAUUACCUAAAAAUGAAGAAAAAUUUAAAAAUCUCAUCAAACAUCAUUAAAAUCUAUGAAUUCCAGACGUAUUUUACGGUGCUGGUGGAAAAGAAUGUGCACUUGAGUGUGGUACUAAACCGAAAAGUGUCCGAAAAGGACCAAACUAUCCAAUUAAUGUUUACUGACCUCCUUCAUGGCCUCCGACUUAUCAGCCUGAUUCAUGAUUUGCGACAAUCACACAAAAAUUAA